GGCUCGCCCAAGUGAAGCCUGUUGAGGCCACUGUGGACCGUCGCGACGAGUUGGUCCAAGUGAAGUCCAAGUGAACUGACGAGCGACAACGGCGACAAUUCAUUCCUCCACCACGCCACGAACUGUUUGAUUCGCGCUACUCCGUAAACGGCGUGCGUAUUCAAAAAGAAAAAUAAGACAGACCGAAGUCUCAGCUUCAGAUAUUUUUUUUUCCAUUGCCGCAGACCCCGCCCACGAUGCCCUCGUCAAAUCGCCGCGACUACCAUAACGUCCCGUCCGUCGACCUCGAAGACGACGACGACGACCUGAUCGAUCCCGACGACGCCGACAUCAACACCUUCGACGAUCCCCUCGCCCAACCAAACACCACAACCUCUUCCUCCUCCGUCGGCCGGGCCGGCUCCUCCGCGGCGGGAUCGCGUCCCCCGCUAUCCGGUAACAUCGGCUCCUCCGCCUCCGGCUCCUCCUCCUCCGCCGCCGCCGCCGCCGCCAGCUCCUGGACCUCGCGCAUCCCCGGCGAGGACCGCACCGCCCCGGGCCACUCGACCAUCGACGAGUCGGUGUGGGCGACGCUGCGCCGCGACCUGCUCGCCGUCUGGCACAAGCUGCGCGAGGUGCUGUACCCGCGCCACCUCUUCUUCGCCUGGACCGGCGCCGCGGGCGGGGGCAACCCGCUGCGCGGCGCCUACGCGUCCCUGCGGUCCGGCGGCUUCGCGAGCGCGCGCGAGGAGCUGGCCGGGUUCGCCGGCCGCGUCCUCGACGCCGAGGCCCUGCUCGGCGGCCACCGCCACCACCACCAUCACCAGGCCGAGCUCGGCGGGCCCGCGCCGGGCCAGCUGCGCGACUGGGACCUGUGGGGACCCCUCGUCUUUUGCCUGCUCCUGAGCACCCUGCUGUGCCUGCAGAGCCGGGUGGAGCAGCGCGAGGUCGUCUUCAGCGGCGUGUUUGCCAUCGUCUGGGUCGGCAUGGCCGUCGUCACGGUGCAGAUCAAGCUGCUUGGGGGCAACAUCUCGUUCGCGCAGAGCAUCUGCGUCAUCGGCUACACGCUGUUCCCCCUCGUCAUUGCGGCGCUGCUGUCGGCGCUGAAGCUGCACUGGAUCGCGCGCAUCCCCGUCUACCUGUUCCUGGUCGCCUGGUCGUUGGCUGCGGGCGUGAGCAUCCUGGGAGGGAGCGGCGUGGUCAAGAACAGGGUCGGCCUGGCCGUGUAUCCCCUGUUCAUCUUCUAUCUGGGCCUCGGGUGCCUGUGUUUCAUCAGCUAAAUAAUAAGACUGGCCGUCUGACGGUUACACGGUCCGGGUUGCCAAAAAAAUAAAAAAAUAAAAAAAGGGCUUGUCGCGAACUGGUGCG